AUGGCCAUUUGCUUUGUAAGAUCGGUAGAGGAUUUUGACAAUUACUUGAAGAACAAUAGGGCUGUUGUUGCUAACUUUACUGCUUCGUGGUGUGGACCUUGUCGCGCAAUUUCGCCGGUUAUUGACAAAAUGUAUACCGUAUUUCAGUAUGUUGAGUUUGUUCGAGUCAAUUUGGAUAGGCAGAAAGCAUUGGCUGCCAAGUACACAGUCAGUUCUAUUCCCACAUUCAUAUUUUUCAAAGAUGGACAUGAGGAGGCCAGGGUCCAGGGUCCAAAUACUGAAAUGCUCAUGAAGGAACUUCAAUUGUUCAACGAAAUCUCUUGGGGAAAGGAUAGGCAGGGUAAUGGCGAACCAAAGGUAAAGACCAGGCUCAACUCACACAGUGAAGAAAUUAGGGAUUUCAUUCCCUCUGGAUUCGACGUAAUAAACACCCAUAUAGAGUUUCGAUCGUUUGAGGCGCACAAUGUCAAACAGGUAUACCAAAGUUGCACGGUGGAAAAGCCCUUUAGAGUAGACAGUAGAGCAGUACCAAACAGUAGUGUGAUCUCCGAUUCCGACUCACAAAUGCUAUUUUUGGUUCCCUUGUUAAACAUAUCCAAAGUCUAUUCGAUUUUGAUCAAGAUAAAACCACUAGUUGUUACAGAUAGCCUGAUCAUUGAUGAUGAAGAGUUUAGUCAAAUUCAAGUACCUCGUGUGAUCAAAAUAUGGCCAAAUUUGCGGCAUAUGAUUUCGUUUGAGGAUGCUGCGAAUGAUAGAAAUGCACCUCACCUGGAAACUCUUGACUGUAAGGAAGGUACAGAGAAAUGGAUAGAGAUCAGAUUAAAGUAUGUCAAAUUUCAAAACGUACAGAGUUUAUGCUUCUUUUUUGACGGAGACGACGAAGAUUUACACACUACUGUUGCAAAAGUGCUAAUCAUUGGUGUUACUGGAGACUUGAAAAAACAAAAAACACUUUCUCUGUUGGGAAAACGAUAA